AUGGGGUUUAGCAAAACCAAAACAGGGCCGGCGAGCCUCGCGGUUCUUAUGACGCUGGCUGCAUUGGCCGUCUUCGCUAUUGCCGCCGCCCCUGCAGCCAUACCGAACGUGCAGGCCGCAGUGGCUCAGAAUGGACCCGAUCUUGAACGCCAAAAUGAAAGCUUCUUCCGCGAAUUGGAGAAGCAAAAAGACCGUGCAGACGAGCGAGAUGAGGAAAAGGGGAAUGAAGAAGCAGAUACAGAGGACGAACAAAAUGACCCGGCAGAAUUUAAGGACAACGAUGCGAAACCCGAAGAUGACAUCGAGGAGGUUGCCACUGAGGAAAUGGAUGACACAGACGCGAAUGCAGGUGACAUGAAGAAGGAUGAUGACGCAGAAAUGGACAGUGAUGACGACCAGAAGAAGCAAGGGGAGGAAAGGAAGAAGCAAGCAGAGGAAAAGAAGAAGCAAGCAGAGGAGAAGCAAGAAGAGGAAAAGAAGAAACUAACGGAGGAAAAGAAGAAGCAAGCACAGGAGAAGAAGGAACAGGAAAAGAAAGAGAAGGAACAGGCAAGGAAAGAAAGGGAACAGGCAAAGAAAGAGAAAGAACAGGCAAAGAAAGAAAAAGAACAGGAAAAGGACAAGAAGGGACAGGAAAAGAAGGAACAACAAAUGAAGAAACAGGCAAAGAAAGAAAAGGAACAGGCAGAGAAAGAAAGGGAACAGGCAAAUAAAGAACAAGAACUGGCAAAGAAAGAAAAGGAGCAGGAAAAAACGGAACAACAAAGGAAGGAACAGGCAAAAAAGGAAAAAGAACUCGCAAAGAAAGAAAAAGAACUCGCAAAGAAAGAAAAAGAACUCGCAAAGAAAGAAAAAGAACUCGCAAAGAAAGAAAAGGAGCAGCAAAAGAAGGAACAGGAAAAGAAGGAACAGAAUCAGAAAGAAGAGGAUGAGAAGGAACAGGAAGAGAAUGAACAGAAAGAGAAUGACGAGGAAGAAAAGGAAAAGGAGGAUGAGGACAAGGAGCAACAAGAUGAGGACAAGGAGCAUCAAGAUGAGGACAAGGAGCAACAAGAUGAGGACGAGGAGCAACAAGAUGAGGACAAGGAGCAACAAGAUGAGGACGAGGAGCAACAAGAUGAGGACGAGGAGCAAGACGAUGAGGACAAGGAGCAAGACGAUGAGAACAAGGAGCAACAAGAUGAGGACAAGGAGAAAGAACAUAAGGACAAGGAGCAAGACGAGGAGAAUAAAGAGCAGGAGGAUGAGGACAAGGACACGAAGAACAAGGAUGAGGACAAGGACCCAGAGGCAGAUGAUGGAGAGAGAGAUGAGGACGAAAAAGAAGAUGAAGAUCACGAAAAGGAGAAGGAGCAAGGAAAAGAAGGUGGACAGAAAGAGGAGAGCCAAGCAGAGGGAGAAGAAGGUGAAGAUAUUGUAGACCAGCUGCUCAACGCGGAACCUGUUGAGGAGACGAAAGAGUUCCUGGAGAAAUCAAAGAAUUCAGCAGACCAUGCAGCCGAGGACGGAACGUCGCUGCUGGGAAAAGUGCGACAAAAAUUCCUUGAGAUCAAGGAAGUUAUUUCUGAAAAGGUCAAGGAUAUCCACGCUCGCCUGCAAGACCGCGGCCAACAGAUGACAGAAUAUGUGAAAGAUUCUCAUCCAGAGGUCGCCGACACCGCUGAAAAUAUCCGCGAGAGAGCUACAGAGCUUGUUGACAAGUUGAAGGAUUCAUUGUCGGACAACCUUGGCACCGAGUAA